AUGUUAUUUACAUUCCAGAGUCCAGAGAAGAGGUUGAAGAAGUGCUUGCGCAGGGUUGAUGAUGGUGAGGAUAAGGUGGACGAUGAUGAUGAUGAUGAUGAUGAUGGCGAUGACGACGAUGAUGAUGAUGAUGGUGGGGUUGUACCUGAAAAACUGUUUCAGGAGGCAAGACAAAAGCAACUAUUAUACAAAAAACAGGUCAACAAAAUGUCUCUGCAACUGCAGGAAACUAAACAGAAGCUAGAGGAGCACAUGAAACGAAGUGCAGAAGUUGAGGCGGAGAAUAAACAGCUACGUUCAUUAAACAUGCAACUGCAGCAACAGUUGCUAAAAUCACUCAACUCUUCAUCUGAUUCUAGACCACCAAAACCAAAGGGGACCAUAAAUGUACAAAACCCUCAGCAACAAAAACCAAAGAGCACCUUACAAAUUGCAGAGGCUGACUGUGAGCAGCCAUUACUACCCAGAAAAGAAGAUGAGAUUCAAUUGGUGAAACUUGGAGACAUCCAAAUCCGCAGUGACACCUGGACAGCAAUCCAAAAAAACACCAGGGAUUCUUUAUUUGUGAAAGAAUUGGCUGUGGCAUUCUGGGGCACAAAGACUCUGGGGGACAGAAGUCUCACAGGGAAGGAAUGCCCCACCACUAAAACUACAAAAAGACCUUUAACCCCACAGAAAUUACACACACUGAAAGCCUGCUUCAAGGAGUGGCUGGUGAAAGGGAAUGUGGAGGAGCCAGAGCUGCAGGCCAGAUUUUCAAAGGCUGGACGCUACAUUACUGAAAAAAUCAUGGACAUUAAAAAACAACAAAAAAAAUGAACAGUUAAUUGAUUUAUGAUGUAAAUGUGUUACACUUAUAAUAACCCCACUAUGAAUCAUU